AUGCAACGGAAACCCGAUUUGAAUACCCGCAUUGACUCAUCAGCAGCCACCUCGCCUCCCGAUAAGUUGGAUAUUGGGCUGGGCGAAAUAACAGAGAACGAUGACGAGUCUUCACUCUGGCUCCACGUUCUCAUCGCCGCAAAGAAAGAGCAUGGGAGAGACGGUGUGCUUGCCGUCUGGGAGGCUGUGGAGCGGCGCAGGUCAUUUAGGGACGUGACGAGCGAGGAAGCAAAAUCCUUUUGGAGCGUCAUUCUGGAAACUGUCCUUCACAACGAGGACGAGCUCAAGGACGUUGCGCUUUUUGCAGAGCGUCUGCUCCAUGAUCACUCCGCGCGGUGGCCGGCGUUGUACAUAACGACAGUCACAUACUGCCUACGGAAUGGCCAGUACCGUCGAGCAUUGCAGUGGCACAUGCGCUUGAUGCCGAACUUUGACCCCGGACAGGAAGCCUUCGGUGCCUUGCUGCGAGAAUUUUCCGUGACCACCGAAGCCGAUAUGCAACAGAUACUGCAAGCCCUAUAUUUUACAGCUAUGCACCGCGGGCUAUAUAACGAACUUAUUCCACUACUCUACGAGAACGGCCUCUCUCAACAAUGCGUUGGAUGGCGCAAUGCGUUCAUAUAUCACGACGAUCUGCCCCCACCGACUACCGAGUCACAGCCAUACCUAACGUUCCUUGCUCGCUAUUAUCCGACCGUUACUCUUGAACUGGAAGAGCAGGUGGUCAUCGGCCUGAACUCCCCAGCGUAUUGGAACGCCCAGGACGACUCACUGUGGGAGGCCAUGCAUGACACGCAGAGCAGUGGAAAUGGACCGCCAGGAAGACAGCCCAGCGAUACGCUUGGUGCGCGAUGGUUUGCAAGCUCUUGGGUGCCGCUAGACUUUGCGAUUCAUGCUGUCCAUGCCCUCGGGGUGCACCACAUCGGGCCUCUAUCUCUCCAGUCGAUUGCCUUGCGCGAAUCGACAGCUAAGGGAGUGGUGGCCCGGAUUGAGCAGCUGCGGACGGUCAAUAUUGGCAUUGGGCAAUCAGCCUACGCGUGGGUGCUCAAACGAUUUGCUGAGAACAACGAAGAGGAGUUGCUGUCGGACUUGCUGCACACCGAUAUACACCCAGACGUCUUUGACGACCCCUCCAUGCUAGCUAGCAUCCGUGACAAGGCCUUCGAUGAGGGAGAUUGGAAAACACAUCGAUUACUGCUGGCGGUCCAACCCGCAAUGGUGGAAGAUUCUGUUGACUCCACGUCGAAUAUCUUGUUGCACCAUCUCCUGGAUCAAGGCAGGUUCAAACAGGCCUUGGCUUUGCUUGAUGAAAUGCGAACGAUGGACAUCGAGGUCCAUGCAUCGACGAUACAGCACAUCUGUGCGAACCUUCUCGACCCUCUGCCAUGGAACCCAAAGACUACCGCAAAUAACCAGGAGGCUUUUACCACGGCCAUUGCCUUUCUUACACGCCUGGCGCUGCUACAGAAGCCUCUACAUUCGCGUUAUUGGCAAAAGAUACUCUUCGGACUGGGCAAAUUCGGCCGCAUCGACGUGUUGGAGGACAUUAGCCAUGGCAUCCUGGGCACAUAUCAACAUCUUUGUGUCUCCAAACCCGGGCUGCUGCCAGUCCACCAGCUAGAUGCACCACCGUUGGGCGUGGAAAGCUCGACCAGAAACGUCCUUGUUCCAACCGACCUACCCAUAUCUCAUGAGCAGCACCCAAUGCGCCAGAUCUUUGACAACCCCGCUCUGCACGCGGCUAUUGUCCGUUGGGGAUUCAAGGCGGGCCGGUCGCAAAGCCUCAAUCGCUUGGCCGACAUUUCGUCGGAGACGGAGGCUAUGGGCGGGAGAGGACCCGCCCGGGGUGUGCGGUUCCUCGCGACACUGAAUGAACGAGGCAUUCCGUUCCGAACGUCUGUCGUCCAGGAGGAGGUCAUCAGGUGCUUGGCUCGGAUGUACCUGUCCCGGAUUGAUGGCGGGCCCAGGACGAAAACGGAAUUGGCCCCGUUGAAAAGCAUGCGGGAGUUGUUCAACAAGUCAGCUGGACGCAGACUAUUGCCAGACGUUGCUGAGUUACGAGACCUCAUGGCGGAUGCAAGGGGAAGGCAGAGAAGAGGAUUGUGA